UGACAUUUUCUCUCACUUUCUCGUGAAAAAAAAAACAUCUCAGCUCCCGAAAAAAAAAGAAAACAAUGGCCGGAAGUGUUGGAAAAUGCAGCAAGAUCCGCCACAUUGUGAGGCUCAGGCAAAUGCUCCGGCGAUGGCGCAACAAAGCUCGGUUAUCUUCAGUCAGCCGUUGUGUGCCGUCCGAUGUUCCAUCUGGACACGUGGCAGUUUGUGUAGGUAGCGAGUGCAGGAGAUUCGUUGUGCGCGCGUCGUACCUGAACCAUCCGAUCUUGAGCAAUCUCCUUGUCCAAGCCGAGGAAGAGUACGGUUUCGUGAACCAGGGGCCGUUGGUUAUCCCUUGUGAAGAGUCGGUUUUCGAGGAAACGAUCCGGUUCAUUUCUCGGUCUGAUUCUUCCCGGUCAAGCCGGUUUACUUGUCCUGAAGAUAUCCAGAAAUGGCACGGAGGAAUCAAAAGCAAGCUAGAUCUGUUGAUCGAAUCUCGGCCGUUGCUUCACGGCGUCGUCGAGAAAGCCGUCUGGUGAAGAGUGUCGGUCUUGUACGAUUUCUGACCCGAUUUGACUGGGAACGAGUUUGAUCGCCAUGCGAAGGAAGAAGACGAAUUUUCGAAUAAAUCGUCAUUGAGUUGAGUCGGCCGGGUUACCACCGAGUCGGGUGGUCCUAAUUUCGGUUUAACUUUUUAUAUUUUUGUAAAUAUUUAAUUAUAUUGGGGCCUGUGGUUUUAAUCUGGUGGCGAGUUACUCACUGAGUCGAGACAGAGGAGAUGGCGGUUAGCAGGUGGGUGAGUCGUUCCACCGAGUCAUCCCGGGUUUGAAUCCGAGUUCAAAGAUUGUAAAUGUAAAUAAGAUCAAAUGAAAAUUUUGAAUCAUAUUAUUUCAA